AUGCCACCUCCUAGAUCUGCUAGAUGCACUGAGAGAAUGCAAACAAAUUCACCCCCUCCGCCUCCCCAGUAUGAUCCUAUUAUGUUUCAGGCUGCGGCUACAUCCGCGGUGGCAGCUGCUAUGUCCCAAAUCAACACUGACGGUGCCAGGAGGACAGGGAGCAGUAUUAACAUCUCUACUCAAGGGGAUAGCCAAGGGCGUUCGAGAGAAUGUUCCUAUAAAGACUUCACAAAUGGCAAACCUGAUUCUUUCAAUGGAAGUGGGGGCGUCAUCGCUUUGAUGCAGUGGUUCGAGAAGACUGAAUCCAUCUUCGAGAUCUGUUUAUGCCCCGAAACAUACAAAGUCAAAUUCGCAGCCUGCACUUUCUCUGGCAAGGCCCUCACUUGGUGGAACGGCCACGUAAAAUCGAUAACACUCUCUGUGGCUAACUCGUUAAGUUGGGAAGACUUGAAAACUAUGAUACUGAAGGAAUAUUGCCUAAGGGGUGAGGUGCAAAAAUUAGAACAGGAACUGUGGAAUCUCAAGAUGACGGGCUCGGACCUUGCAGCUUACACCACUCGAUUCAAUGAUCUAGCACUCCUCUGUCCGGCGAUGGUUACACCGGAAAGCAAGAAGGUGGAACGAUAUCUCUGGGGUCUAUCAUCCCAGAUUCAAGAUAGCGUGCUGGCCUCGAGGCCAACCACUUUUGAUAGUGCCAAGGAGUUGGCACAACAACUCAUUGAUCAUCGGUCCAGCCAUGUCACGGUGCCAACCACCUCCGAUCAAGCAAAAGGAGGGAACAACAAGAGGAAGUUCUGGAACAAUAAAAAGAAGCAACUGGCGUAG